CGGACAAUCUAACCAAAUCUAACAACAUUGAGACAAUCUACGACACCGUGAACUGUGACAAACUGACAAAUAACUGAUUCGCGUCAUUCAUGUAACACGAGGAGUAUUUGAAAUUGUUUUGUUAGAUGUUCGAAUUGCUCUUACAGUGAUAUACAUAUAAAUCUAAUACCAUGAAUAAAUCAAUUUUUGCUGUCUUCUUGUUAAGUUUACUUAUUACCAAAGGAAACAGUUUAUACUGCUACAGAUGUAACAGUAAUCAUCCUGGGUGUGGCACACCCUUAAAUUGGUUAUGGUAUUGGGGAGAAACCUGUCCAGAAUACGAUGAUAAAUGUGUGAAAAUUAUUGAAAGAAAAGGAGCUGAAACUAUUAUAACACGAGAGUGUCUGAGCUCUGUUCGUAGCUUUAGAACAGACAUUCCUGCCGAUAGGUAUGAAGGCUGUCGACCUGCUGCUAAGGAUGUUCGAUUAGGACAUUACGUAAAUAAUAGCAUCUCUCAAUUAGAUAUUCAUAGAGAUUAUUAUGACGAAGUAACAUGGUGUUUCUGUUACUUCGAUCACAGAUGUAAUAAUUCUACUACUAUUACUGUUUCGACAUUAUUAUUGUUUAUAGGUAUUGCAGUACAAAAAAUUUUUAUUUGAAAUAGUCACUAAACAUCAUAACAUCAUCUUUGAAAUAUUUAUAUUCUCAGCUUACUCAGGUUUAGUUUCUAAUUGGCUUACUUUCAAAUCAUUAAAUUAAAUAAAAUUCGUUUAUUUAGCUACUUCAGGUGACCCUUGUACAAUAUUGAAAAAUAAUUGCAAUUCUACUAUUUCUCUUAAAAUUUGUUACACUUGUAUAUAGUGUAAAUAAGGAUUUCAAAUGAAAAAUGUUAUUAUACAAAACAAAAUACUAAUAACAGUUUAAUGAAAAGUCUAGCGGAACUAAUAGUUAUUAACAAAUUUGUUCAUGAUUCAUAGCCUAAGUGUAAUAUAAUCAUUUCAUGGAAACAGUAUUUACAUACUAAGAAAGAAUAUUUAAACAAAUGUUUAAUUAACAACACUAAUUUCGUAUGCUUAGAUAGUAAAGUGAAAAUAAGUCAACAUCAAAAUCUAUUCUUAGAAAUAUAUUGCUUAUAACAUUUAUUCCAUCCAAAAGAUCUGAUUAUACAUUUUUAAGUAUUACUAUUUUUAUACUAAAUCAUAGUGUUAAAACAGUCUUAGAAUACUUGUAUUUACUAAAUAUGUACAGGGUAUGCAAACACAUUGUUACUAUACUUCAGAAUCAUAAUUAUUAUAAAAAUUUAUUUGGAAAGUCAUGUUUAUUAAGCCUUUUUUGUAUGAUUCUGUAAGGACUACAUACAAGCCUUUAACGAUCAUUUUUGCACACUCUGCAUUAUUUUGCUUAAGUAAUUAGCAAAUAAUGGAACAUAUUGAUCUGCCGUCCAUUGUUGCACAAACAAGUAUUUUUCAAAUUUAUAUAAAAUACUAAAUGUUAACUUUUAUAAUAUUUUCUAUUCAGAAUUUGUAAUUGCAAUUUGUUGUGUUAAAACUUUAAUAAACAAUUGUCUCUUGCAA